AUGUUGGCGAAGAUCGAAAUUCCCCCGAUGGACUUCGAGUCGGUGAAUGUCGGCGAGGCAUGGCGGCGAUGGCAGCAGACGAUGAAGUUGUUGUUGACAGGACCACUGUCAGGCAAGAAUGACAAGCAGAAUAAUCAACAGCAGAGCGAAGGUGUAGAUCAGUAUGUGACAGAACUGAAGAAUUUAGCAAGACACUGUGCUUUUGGUGAAAUUGAGAAUGAGAUGAUUCGAGAUCGGAUAGUAUGCGGAACGAAGGAUAAACAGGUUCCAGAACGACUGCUGCAAGAGGCAGAUUUAACACUGCAAAAGGCAAGAGACGUAGCAAGAAGUUUCGAAAUGAGUAAAGAACAGAUGAAGGAGAUGCAGUGCGAUAUGAUGAGUUUCACAGAGUUCGUAGCAGAGCAGGUCCGCUGCGUCCAACUCACAAGACUAUUUGGUUAUGGUGGUGUUCCACUGAGGAUCUUAGGACUGACAACAUUGCAAUGUCAAUACAAGGAAGUGUCAAAGAGCUUUGAUUUCAUCGUGGUGGAUCAUGACGAUGUACACUCACCUCCAGUAUUGGGACUCAAAGCUUGUCGAGAGAUGGGCUUGAUACAGGUUGUGUUGACAAUCACAAACUCUCCAGAUUGUGAAUCAGCUUUAAGGGAGAUUCUUAAGGAAUUCAAGGAUGUAUUCCAAGUGAUUGGAUGUAUCGAAGAUGAAUAUUGCAUACAGAUUGAGGAAAAUGCAGUACCAGUUGUACAUGCUGUACGAAAGGGUCCUUUAGCUUUGGAUACAAAAAUUCAGAAAGAAUUACAAAGAAUGGAGGAUUUAGGUGUGAUAUGUAAGGUAGAUGAACCAACCAGUUGGGUAAACUCAAUGGUGGUUGCACCUGAGUCAAAUGGUGAAAUUAGACUUUGCUUGGAUCCUACUGACUUGAAUAAAGUGGUGAAGCGUGAACAUUAUAGAAUGCCAACUCUGCAAGACAUUACACCAAAGUUGGUUGGACAGAAGUAUUUUACAGUGUUGGAUGCCAAGUCAUCUUUCUGGCAAAUACCACUAGACUCCCAGUUGUCCCUACUGACAAUAUUCAAUACUCCAUUCGGACGAUAUCGAUUUAUGAGAUUACCUUUUGGCAUCAAAAGUGCAAGCGAGAUCUUUCAAAAGAGAAUGGAUAGUGCUUUUGAGGGUUUGGAGCAUACUCAACCUAAUGUUGAUGACAUUUUGAUCUCAGCUGAACAUGAUAGUCGUCUCAGACAAACACUCCAGAGAGCCAAGGAGAAGGGUAUUAAGCUGAAUCCAGAUAAAACUCAGCUUUGUCAACAAGAGGUGAAAUUCUUUGGUGAAAUUCUUACAUCUGACGGGAUGAAACCAGAUCCUGAUAAAGUUCAGGCUGUGAGAGACAUGAACACUCCAACUUGCAAGAAGGAAUUGGAAGGGUACUUUGGCAUGUUUACCUAUCUGACACAAUUCGCUCCAAGUUUGUCAGAGAAGACACACAUACUAAGUGAACUAACAAAGCAAGAUACUUUGUUCUGUUGGACACCGGAACAUGAAGCAACAUUUCAAGAAAUCAAGAAUAUGAUCACUAAGUCACCAGGGCCUAUUUUACAGUACUUUGACCAAAAGAAGUCAGUGACUCUUGAGACUGACGCAUCACAGAAUGGUCUAGGGGCAGUCAUAUUUCAGGAUAAGGGACCAGUUGCUUUCGCAUCGAAGGCAAUGACUAACUCGCAGAGGAACUAUGCCCAAAUAGAAAAGGAGAUGCUUUCCAUUCUGUUUGGUUGUGAAAAAUUUCACUACUAUCUGUUUGGGAGAAAUUUCAAAGUCAGAACCGAUCAUAAACCACUAGAAGUUGUUUUCAAGAAGCCAUUACAUGCUAUUCCCCUGAGACUUCAAUGCAUGAGAAUGAGACUUCAGAUCUAUGAUGCAGAUGUAGAGUUCACACCUGGGAAGGAUGUUCUUGUAGCAGACAUGCUGUCUCGGUAUUUCAUAGAGUCUUUGUCAAACAAAGAUGACCUGUCUCUUGAUGAAGAUAUCCAGUCAUAUGUACACAUGGUGACAAGCAGCUUACCAGUAUCUGACAAGACGAUGGAAGAGAUCAGAAAGGAAAGUAGUGAGGAUAGUCAACAUUUGAUGCCUAUGAAGAUAAUCAUGAACGGAUGGCCUCAGAAUAUGCAUGAUUGUCCAAGCAGUAUCAAAGAAUUUUGGAAUUUCCGUGAUGAAUUGACAGUUAUAGAUGGAAUUGUCUACAAGGGUGACAAAAUUGUUAUUCCAAUUUCCAUGAGAAAGGAGACGUUAGAGAAGAUACAUACAGGCCAUAUGGGAAUUGUCAAGUGCAAAGAAAGAGCUUGUGAUGUCAUAUUCUGGCCGCGUAUGACAGCUGACAUUGAGAGAACUGUUCAGAAUUGUGGCACUUGUCAGCAGAACAGGAUGAAACAGUGCAAGGAACCGAUGAUAACCAGUGAAGUUCCUAAGUUGCCAUGGCAGUUCGUAGCAACUGAUUUGUUCCAGUUGAAUGGACUUGACUAUCUGCUUGUAGUUGAUUACUACAGUCGAUAUAUAGAGAUUGCUUUGCUGUCAAACACGAAGUCGAAGACUGUGAUCACUCACAUGAAGUCGAUGUUUGCACAGCAUGGUGUACCGAGUAGAAUUGUCUCUGAUAAUGGGCCACAGUAUGCAUCAGAGGAAUUCAGAGAAGUUGUUCAAAAGUGGAACAUUGAACAUAUUACCUCCUCACCCUUGUAUCCACAAGCAAAUGGUCUAGCUGAAAAGUCUGUACAGACUGUGAAACGACUACUGCUUAAAGCUAAGCAGAGUGGUGGUGAUCCUUAUUGGUCUCUACUUGCUUAUCGCAACACCCCAUUAAGUGAGAUGGGAUCUUCUCCUGCCCAGCUACUUAUGUCAAGACGACCCCAUUAA